AUGGCGACUCCCUCAUCGAAGCCAAACCCAGGAGCGACUCCGACACAUCUGACCUCGUCGCCUCGUCCGUCUGGUGCUCAUAUGGCCCGUCCGAUUUCCCACAAAUCGCCCUCAACGAGAACGCCCUCAGCUUCCGGUCAUGGACACAACCAACCCCCCGUUUCAAUGCACCAAUAUUCUACCCCUCUCGCCGCGACUACCGGAGCCGAGGACCCCGUUACCUUCAGUUCCCCGUCGGCUCUCCUCGCGCUUGGUGGCUAUAGCGGGAUCAGUCCGUCCCCCGCCGGACACGAUGGUGUUGUUGGCGCAGGCAUGAACGAGAAUGAUAUCCAGGCAUUGGGCAUGCCGGGACUGAAGCUCGGGGGUGCUCGCGACAGCGAGGAGGAGCGCAGAAGACAUAUAGAUGAUGUGGUUCAGCUCCUACGAGCCCGAGUCUCGGGGCGGGGUGUGUGCAGGGAGGGUAUUGAGCGACUGAGUGAUCUUGAAGGUUUCGAGUCGAUCUGGCAGGAAGACAGUCUCAGCAUUGCGGGGAACUUUGUUGAUCUGGAGAUUGACUUCCACCGGGGGUAUAAUGUGGUGAAGGAUGUUAGUCUGAAGUAUGCGACGCCUGAUGCGCAAGAUGGGGAGCAGCGUGACGAGGCUACGGCGGUGCUUAAGCGCGAUUUGAUACAGUCGCCGGAGGAAGGAGACCGGGGUGCUUGGAAGUCGUUGCGUGGGUUCCAUGAGAAUCUACAGUGGCUUGCCAAACAUGAUCGGCUUAGUCAGGAGGUUAAUUGUUUCGAGGCCAUUGAGGGUCUUUACGAGAGCUUGAAGCGUGUGUGGGAGGCGGAGUGGAAACAUCGCAAGUUUGCGGGGGUAUACGACCAUCUGUGCAGUGGCUGGGUUGGCCAGCCGUGUAUGCACAAGGGGAGUCGCAUUGGACUCGGUUUGGAUUACUGGGUGCAGCAAGCACGGGUCCUGGAUGCGAAGGAGAAGCAGAAGACAUCGUCUGAUGCGAUGGUGGUUGAUGCGACGAAUGGACAGCCGUCGGAUGAUGAGCCGAACAGUUUGGAAGGGAAGUGGAGUAUCGUGGUGGAGUGCGAAGAGGGUUACCCAUCUCUCCGCGUGUCGAAGGACUGGGUUGGGUCUGAGGUGUUGACGGGAGUCAAUAACAAUGACAAUGGGCCGUCGUCGAGUGAGGCGCAUGGGUCUGAAGCUGCAGUUGUCAACUGGGUUGAUCCGCCGGCGACGUUGACCAAUAACCAAGGUCACCCUGACGCCAUGGCACUUGACUCGAACAUGCUGGGUUCUUCGGCUCCUAAUCGUCGAUUCGUGGCGAAGUUGGAGCCGGCUCUGGAUCUACCCAUUCUGGCAGCAUCUGAUAUCUACCGGCAUCUUGGAAUGCAAUUGCCGCAAGAAUUCAAAAUGGUCACCUACGACGGACUCCUGGCCCCGGGCUGGUCGCCUUUGUCGGCAGCAGGAGCUAUGGGCUUGGGGCCCGAGGAGGCCUCUCAGCUUGAACGGAGGAGACGCAGAAUGUCGGUGCAAUCGGUUGACACUACGGGUAAGCCGUGUACGAAGCAUCACAGUUAUACUUUUCAGCCGUUUGAGUCUGUUGCUGGCCGAACAUUGAGGGAAAUCCCAUUUGCACAUCCCCGGCAACUCGCAGACAUUAUCCCGAUCCUUCGUCAGUACGCCUUUUUGGCCAACCUUAUCCGCAGCGUUUUCAGCUCCUCGUACAAGCCCGAUGAGGACAAACCCGCGACGCCCGCUGAUUCGUCGAAUAUCUCAUUCAGUCCACCUAGGUUUACCGAUGGAAAUUCGAAGAAGGAUGUCAUCAUAUUGAGCAAUGCCGACCCGAACGAGAAGAGGCUCGAUGCAUUGCUGGGAAGCUUCGAGAAACUAGCGACGUCGCCUAGUGCUAAGGGCAAAGGCCCUGUGGGGGUUGGAACCGGAAACUCUGGUUCCAAUUCUACUGUUGACGAUGUCAAGGUAGACGUAACGUUGCGGACGCAACUAGGACAAGCACCGGUGAUCAUGUUGCUUUUCGCGGUGGAUCAACCAGACGAAGCAUCGGAAUCCGCCAACGUGGAGGCGGCAUUGACGAAGGUGUCUAUUAGUCUAGAAGUUGGACUAAAUGGCCGGAUAUCCGUUGUGGACAUGACGGGUCUCCUAGAUGACAAUAACACUACCACAACAGACAACAUGGAGGACACCCCAGAGAGGAAGACUCUCGAGCUGCAAAGCAAAAUCGCAAAUGUGCUGGAAAUAUCACAGGACAUUGGGAUCUUGGUGGAAUGGAUUUUACGAUGGGCGCGGCAGCGGAAGGGCCGCUGA